AUCGGUGUAUUUCUUAAAGUUUUGAAAUAAUAGAUUCCAAACCACGUGGUUUUAUAAGAAGAAGAAAACGCCUAAUGGUAAAUGUGUGCAUGACACGAUUAAUCAUUAGGAAAGCCUCGGGGAUGUAGAGCAAGGAGGAGGAGGUUGAAUAUUUCGCGAAAUCCGCGUUCUUACAUCCAUCAAACAUGCAGCCAGGCUUUGUGUUUAGAGCCAGCUUUCUGGUCGGACUUUUGGCGAGCUGUAUAUACGGGGUGACCACCCCGGUUCCUCUCAACACAACCAAUAAUGACACCUCAAUCGAUGUUAAAUCCACGUCUGUCAGCACUUCUACGAGUCCUACGCCAACAUCAGCUAUUUUCCAUUCAACAUCUUCACCCGCGCCAGCAUCAAUCUCAUCCUCUACAAUAUCAAACGAUACUUCUGCCUUACAUUCAACAACACCUAAAGCAAUGACUUCAGGCUCUACAGGAAUGACAGUUUUUACAAAGGCACCGACAACUAAAACAAGUGUGCUCACGAUAUCAAGUUCACCGAGUUCUUCGUCCACAAUUUUAACUGCAGAAAGCGUUAAACCAUCGCCGUCCACUGAGAAAAAGAAUGCAUCGACCACUACGGCCGUUGUUUUGAACGACACAGUGGCAAGUACUAGCACUGCAAGCCCGACCACCCCUGUCAAUGUGUCAUUAGCAACAAAGGAUAGCCACACUGUAACAACAAAGACAAGAACCGUCAACCCAAUUACAACCACAGAACUCGGAACUACAACGAUAACAGCACCAGAACCGGCUACUAGUGGACCGGCUGUAUAUUCAAAUAACAGUACACAAGAAACCACCGUGACACACAUAAACGCGAACACACACAGUGCAGAAAGUACAGAAUCUAUAGGAACUAAACAAGUGCAAACCGUAAUAAGAGAAGAAACGUCACCGUCAAUGUCGACGCCAACGACUAGUUCGAACAAGACGGGGACAGAGGUCCCUGGACCUACGGAAAAGGAGUUCCAGUAUGACCGGGAACUGGCCAUAAUAUUCGGGUCAGCCUUCGGUCUGAUGGUCGUGGUGGUUAUAGUUUUGUGUAUCAGUCGUUCAAGGCACACCGAGGAGCAGGAAAAGUACAUUGUCGGUGGAGAUGGUAUCGAAAUUAAAACGUCUCAAUUUUAGUAGUUUACACGUGUCAUAUUCGCUUACUAAACGUAAUAGUGAUAAUACUAGCAUCUACACGAAUAGUAAACGUUGGAACAUUGACGUUCAUAAUAGACUCUGUCGCUCAAGAUGACAAUUUGCCCAAAGGGACUAAGCUGUAUUUUAUACUUUACAUGCUUUAAGCUGAGGACAGUGAACGAAAGAAAACAUGUUUUAUUAUCUUGACAUCGAAGCUCAACAGUACACACUUCAAAGUUAAUACAGAUCUACAUUUUGAGCCAUAUAUUAUGAGAUAGGCUGUGUAUUAUCAGUGUUUUAUUUUAUCAGAAACCUUUAAGGUUUACUAUAAGACAGUUUUAAUACUGGUUUUACUGUGGGGAUCCGGGGUACAGGGCCUACAACAAUACAACUCAGUACGAUUUUUUUCAGAUUGAACAGUGACAUACGAGAGUUUACUGAUCUACACUUAUAUUUAUUUUAAACAUUUAUAUUAAUCGACAGUUAGUUCUAAACUAUGUGAACGAUCAUAAAUUGAUUAAUAUGGCGUUAAUAUGCCCAGUAUUUGCCCGUGGGGCAAAUUUGCCCCGGGGACGAAUACAAUCACAUAGGCAAAUUUGCUUCGGACGAAAUGAUUUUAGUUGAGAAAAAUGAAUAAUUUGAAUAACGCCGCUUAAAUACUGUAAAACCCUACCAAAAUAAAAAAAAUCCUCGGUGGUUAGUCAUUUCUUUUGCGAUAACUUGACAUAAACUAACCAUGAAUAUAACCAUGGGGGCAAAAUUACACCACCUCUUUACUUGCGGCAAAUUUGCCCUCGAUGGUAAUUUUACCCCCGUGGAUAUUUGCGUUUAUGUGCACAUACCCGGUAUACCCCGUGGGUAAAUUUGCCAAGGGGAUUAAUUUGCCCCCAGUAGUAACUCUCGUUAUAUAAACGGCAUAUACGAUACGAUUUUAAUACAUAUCGGUAAAAUGAACUUUGGUCAAUCGUUGAAGAGAAGAAGAAUAACAGUUAGUUCAUACAUUGUUUAUUCAUAACGAUGUUGGUCAGCCAACGUUGAGGAUAUAUAGUUCACGAUCUUCCUUCAAGUACAGCGUUUUAAUUUAAUCGGAUAGGUACUACGUGAAUAUUGCUGUAAAGUGACCCUGGCCUUCACAUUCGGCCAUGCCACGCCCAGGGUGUUCUACGACACACCGCAGCUAUCACUGACAAUGUAUAUCACUUUAACAUCACUCGACGGCCCAACAGUAACUGUUUAUUUUCUAGCGUUCACAUAUUUUAGCCAACUUUAUACUUGAAUUGUUAUUAAUAAUGCCUGCGCUGUGCCAUGAAAAUGACAUGUAUGAUUGUGUGUUUACGAUAUAAAUAUAUAUGAUUUAUAUGAUAUAAAUGAAAGCCCAGAUGUUUCUUUCAUAAGCCGAAAUAAACUUGUUUUCGGUUCUGGUGUUUGCAUAUUGUAGUGAGAUGGAUUUUAUUGAUCCACUGUUAUUGUGUUGGUUUGCUUAAAGUACUAGUAUCUGUCUUUAUAUCGUUUUCGCUAUUUGUUGUUUGUUUAUUUCAUCUGAACCAUUGAAGUGUGUCAUUCGAGAUUAAUCGUGUAUAAAAAUAAAACAAAUCACGAACAUACAUGUACCUGUUAAAUUAAAUGUGCAUAAAACGUCGACAAUGUCUCAGCUUCCUAUCUUAACUGGUAUAAGUAGCAAAAUAAGAUGAACUGAAUGUAGAGCUGUGUGCAGAUCAGCCUUUGAAUUCAAGAUGUAUUGUGCUUUGAGACCUCCAGCCAUUACACAUACAACA